CCGCCGCCCGCCGUCCCCGCCCCGCCCCGCCCCGCCCCGGAGGAGCGCCGGGCGCCCGGCUGCAGGCGGCGGCCCUGGACGUGCGGGCCCCCGCGCCCCGGCCCCGGCGCGGACAUGGGCGCCCGGCAGAGCGGCCCGGCCUCGGCUAACGGCCGCACCCGCGCGUACUCGGGCUCGGACCUGCCCUCGGCCGGCGGCGGCGGGGGCGGCGGGGCUCGGGCGGCGGCCGCAGGGAGGCUCCCGGCCCCCGAGUCGGGCGCGCAGCCGCCCGGCGCCCCGGCGGCCCCGGCCCCGCGCAGCCGCUCCCUCGGCGGACCGGUGGGGCCCGCGGGGCCGGCGGGCAGCGCGGGGGCGGCGGGGCCGGCGGGGGCCGGGGCGGCGGGGCCCGUGGCGGCGGGGAGCCGCGCCGCGCACUCGCCCUUCAGCCUCGGCGGCGGCGGCGGCCCGUACGGCUCGCAGGACUCGGUGCACAGCAGCCCGGAGGACGGCGGCCGGGAGCGGCCGGGGGGCGGCGCGGGCCCGCGCCUGGUGAUCGGCUCCCUGCCGGCCCACCUCUCCCCGCACAUGUUCGGAGGAUUCAAGUGCCCCGUAUGCUCAAAAUUCGUACCCUCCGAUGAGAUGGACUUGCAUCUUGUGAUGUGUCUGACUAAACCUCGAAUAACAUACAAUGAGGAUGUUCUAAGUAAAGACGCUGGAGAAUGUGCAAUAUGCCUUGAAGAUUUGCAGCAGGGGGACACGAUAGCCCGACUACCUUGUCUGUGCAUAUACCAUAAAGGCUGCAUAGAUGAGUGGUUUGAAGUGAAUAGAUCUUGUCCAGAGCACCCUUCAGACUAAGGAUCAGAUUCCUGACAGAUUUUCUUGUCUCAUCAAGAUGCUUGGGAAACGGACAGGACAUGACGAUGUUUCUUGAAGGACAAAAUCAGAAAUGCAGGCCUACCAAAUCCAAAAUCUGAGUUGUGUGAGACUUGCUAAUUGCAGACAACCAAAUAGGGGGCGAUCUUGCUGAAGGACAGUGACCAUAAAGCUCAUUGUACCAAACACACACGUAAGGGCCGGACAGGGGUCUUGAAAAUGCUGCAUCUCCCGUAACAGUCAUCUGCAGAGGUAACGCGGACAAACGUUUUGUAUUCAGACGCCAAAGUUCACUGACUUAAACGUCGAUUUCCUUUUUAUGACGUUCUCCAGAGUCGCACAGCUACUUGUGUUUUGAUGUUUUGUUUUUCAGCUUUAGGCUCUGUUUUCCCCCAACCUGAUGUUUCUGCGUCCGUCUAAUCUUAAACUGAAGACCACAUAAUUGACUUCUAUAAAUGACAGUCUUAGAUUGUGAGGCCAAGAAAUGUGACCAAGCAGUAAAACCUUCUCUGGACGUAGCCCAUGAUCUCAAGUUCUCCUGUUUCUCCCCCCACAGUGCAAAGUAGACUUCUACAUAGAAAAGCCCAAACAUGUUCAUCUCUCAGAACCGCAGGCUCACCACUGUCAGGAGGCAGUCCGCAGAGGGAAGCCGAGCGGUGUCAUUCCACUUUGAUUAAUUAAACCGGCACCAGUCUGCUGAAGGGCA